AUGUCGUCGAUAGUCUUCGCCACGAACGCGUCGCUCUCAUUCGUGGAGUGCGUGGCGCUGGAGGAGAAGGGUGAGUUCAAGGCGCUGGGCGAGCGGCUGCUCGCCGCCAUCCGCGAGCGCUUCGGCAGCGCCGACGAGGGCGAGGUUGAGGUCGCCUACACGCUGCUGCUGCAGCUGCUGCUCAAGUGGGGGCUCAUCGAGGGGAUGAUCGAGGCGCUGGCGGACGAGCUCGCCUCCUCCACCGACGAGCGGCCCGCCCUGCGCCGCACGCUCCUCCUCUCCCUCUACGGCCUCCUCCACUUCGCGAUGCUCUCCAAGCUGCUCCUCUUCUGCGCCCGCUGCGGCGGCGGCUCGCUCGACCUGCUCCUGGGAGGAGCCGAGCGGCGGGUGGCGACAGUCGAGGAUUGGGUGGGCGCGAGGCAGCUGUCGGAGGCGCAGAAGAGAGAGCUGUGGGGGCUCAUCUUGGACGCGUCGCUCGACGCCGACGCCGGCUCGGACGAGCACCGCACCUACGAGAGCGGCGUCAAGUACCUCUCGCUGCACUCGGCCAAAGACGUCGCGGCGGACGCCGAGCUGCGCAGUCGGCUGGUCAAGUGCGUGCUGCUGACGCUGCGCUCGCCGGCGCUGCUCACCUGCGACACGCUCGCCCAGCUGCCGAUGGCGCGCGACUUCCUCGAGUUUGCAGCGGUGCCGGCCCACGCGGCCUUCCUCGAGGCGCAGGGUCUCGACACCGCCUCGCUCGAGCGCAAGAUGCGGCUGCUCUCUCUCACCUCGCUCUGCGUCGCGCACAAGGAGCUCACGUAUGCGGCGGUCGCCGAGGCAAACGACCGCUCAAUCGAGUGCGUCUUCGCGCUCCGCGUCUCCGCGGACGAGGUGGAGCACUGGGUGGUCGAGACCAUCUCGGCGGGGCUCAUCGUCGCAAAGAUGGACCAGGUGCGCUCCACCGUCGUCGUCUCGGGCUGCCUCGAGCGCGAGUUUGGGAAGGAGCAGCUCGGCCGGCUGCAGGGCUCGCUCGAGGGAUGGGCCGCCUCGGUGCAGAGCUUGCUCAAGGUGGUGGCGGACUCCAAGCCGGCGCCCUGA